AUGGUCUCUUCUCGGUGCAAGAAGAAUCUUCCUUCGCUUCGAGUCGAUGAUGACUUUAUGCAAGAAGAUGAUGAUUAUCUUCCCACAACAAAGAAAGCGGAUGUUGAUUCGAUGACCUUGAAGACCAGCAUUCCCAAAUCCAUCACCUGUCUCACAAUUGAAGGAUCUGUUGUCAACGCAGGAGAAACGAUUGAGCCAGAUCAAGCACAUUUGUAUGAAGCACAGGACGACGAUGAUGACGAUGACAACUGGGAGCACCCCGAGGAAACCGAAGAGUUCUUCAGCAGCAACGACACAGAAGAUGCUGAAAACAUGAGUCAAACAUCAUGGGAAGAAAUCUCAGAAGUAUCUUCAGUUCACAGCUUUCAUUCCAAGACAGGUAUGACCUUUUUGGAUGUCGCUCGUUUGGCGACUCAAAACAAGAUUGCUGAUGCGAACAAUCAAGAAAUGGACAACUGGGUCGCCAUUGCCAAAGCUCGCAAUCAAGAGACCGCCAACGAAGAUCCUUCACUGAACAAGGAAGGUCCACUCAAGAACUCGGACUCGAUGGAUGACGUGGGAGACAUGUUCGACUCCCAAUUCAUGCUCGAUGGUGCCAAAGGCAUCCGAGGUGGUAAGGAGAAGUUCAUGUUCAAGCGUCAACCGAAGAAAAAGUACCGUCAAUGGCGAUCCAAGAACCAACUGGGCACAAUGCUAUCUUGUGGAGCCAGGAUGCCGGAGAACAAUAUGAUUUCUGAUCGCCAGGGAAAUCGUAUCAUGGUGAAGGCUUAG